AUGUGGAAGCUGAAGAUCGGAGCUGAGGCGGGACAAGACCCUCACUUGUUCAGCACCAACAAUUAUCUCGGGAGGCAAAUUUGGGAGUUUGAUGCUGACGCAGGCUCUCCAGAGGAAGUAGCCGAGGUAGAGGAGGCUCGACGGAAUUUCUCAGCCAAUCGGUCACAUUACAAGGCCAGUGCGGAUCUCCUGUGGCGUAUGCAGUUUCUAAGGGAGAAAAAAUUCGAGCAAAAUAUUCCGCGAGUGGUAAUAGAUGAUGCAGAGAAAAUAGCGUAUGAAGACGCAGAGAAAGCACUAAGAAGAGGUUUACUCUAUAUGGCAGCGUUGCAGGCUGAUGAUGGACAUUGGCCUGCUGAAAACUCUGGUUGCAUGUUCUUUAUAGCCCCCUUUGUUAUAUGCUUAUAUGUCACGGGCCAUCUGGAUAAAAUCUUCUCUGAAGAACAUCGAAAAGAGUUGUUACGUUACAUGUACAACCAUCAGAACGAGAAUGGUGGCUGGGGAAUACACGUAGAAAGCCACAGUUUUAUGUUCAGCACGGUCCUUAAUUAUAUUUGCUUAAAAAUAUUUGAGGUAGAAGCAGAUCAUGAUGGUAAAAGUGCUUGUACAAUGGCUCGUAAAUGGAUCCUCGACCAUGGUGGGGCUACCUAUACGCCACUGCUCGGAAAAGCUUGGCUUUCUGUUCUUGGAGUUUAUGAUUGGUCUGGCUGCAAACCUAUCCCGCCUGAGUUCUGGCUCCUUCCGCAUUCUUCUCCUAUUAAUGGAGGUACUGUAUGGAUCUAUUUGCGGGACGUUUUCAUGGGUUUAUCAUACUUGUAUGGUAAAAAGUUUGUAGCCGCACCUACACCACUCAUUCUACAGGUCCGUGAAGAGAUUUAUCCUCAGCCUUACGAAGAGAUAUGUUGGAGCCAAGCUCGCAAUCUAUGCGCAAAGGAAGAUCUUUACUUUCCACAGUCAUUUGUACAAGACUGGUUUUGGAACAUUGUUCAUAUGUUUUCGGAGAAUAUCUUCAACCUUUGGCCUUUCAACAAGCUCAUAAGGCACAAAGCUCUCCAAAAAACGAUGGAAAUCAUUCACUACCAUGACGAAGCCACCCAAUACAUAACCGGUGGUGCUAUCCCAAAGCCAUUUCACAUGCUUGCCUGUUGGGUUGAAGACCCAAAGAGUCAUUAUUUUAAGAAACAUCUGGCUCAAGUCCCAGGCUUCUUAUGGAUUGGCGAGGAUGGCCUGAAAAUUCAGACUUUUGGUAGCCAAAUAUGGGAUACAGCCUUCUUGCUACAAGUGAUGUUAGCUGCUGAUGUUAAUAAUGAGAUUAGAUCAACGCUUAUAAAGGGAUACUCCUACUUGAGGAAAUCUCAGAUUACAGAGAAUCCUCCUGGUGACUUUAUCAAAAUGUUUCGAAACAUAUCGAAAGGAGGUUGGAGUUUUUCAGACAAAGAUCAAGGAUGGCCCGUUAGUGAUUGUAUUUCUGAGAGUUUAAAGUGUUGCCUGAUCUUUGAAAGCAUGCCGUCUGAGUUCAUUGGCGAGAAAAUGGAUGUGGAGAGGCUUUAUGAUGCCAUCAAUAUACUUCUCUCUUUGCAGAGCAAUAACGGAGGUAUAGCAAUAUGGGAGCCAGCGCCUGGGAAAACCUGGCUAGAGGUACCAUUUAUUUCUUUUAAUUGCUGUAAUUUAAUAUAUGUUUCAAAAUGCACGGGGUCGGCCAUAGUGGCAUUAUUGCAAUUUAUGGAACAGUUUCCCGACCAUAGAAGGGAAGAAAUCGAAGGGUUUAUAACAAAAGGAGUGAAAUAUAUAGAGGGCUUGCAAAUGCCUAAUGGUUCAUGGUAUGGAAACUGGGGUGUAUGCUUCAUUUAUGGGACCUUCUUUGCGGUCCGAGGUUUGGUGGCUGCAGGCAAGACUUACCAUAACUGUGAGACGAUCCGUAGAGCGGUUCGGUUUAUUCUUGGGACACAAAACAUUGAAGGUGGUUGGGGAGAGAGUUAUCUCUCUUGUCCCGGAAAAAAAUAUAUUCCCUUGGAUGGAAAUAAGACCAAUGUGGUGAAUACAGGACAAGCAAUGAUGGCUCUAAUUAUGGGUGAUCAAAUGGAGAGAGACCCUUUGCCUGUUCACCGUGCUGCCAAAGUGUUGAUUAAUUCACAGUUGGAUAAUGGUGAUUUCCCACAACAGGAAAUGAGGGGAGCAUACAAGAUGAAUUUGCUGCUGCAUUACCCAGCUUACAGAAACAUGUUUAGUCUUUGGGCACUCACAUAUUACACAAAAGCUCUUCGGACGACUUGA